AUGGCGAAACGCAAACAGAAGGGUUUCUGGUUUUGGCAGAAAACUUUCAAGCGCAUCAUUGAAGGUAUUGCUUAUCAACAUGCUCAGGGAGCAAAUUCGGUCUGGUGGUCCCUCGAUGGACUAGAAAACGAUGACACUGAAAAUCUGCAAUUCGAGGAAGUCAAGCAAGAGCACGUUCCUCCUCUGAUUCUUCAUCCAUCUGGGUCAUUUCGUGCUGUUUGGGACUUGCUUGUCUUGAUUCUUUUGUUCUACUUCCUCUUCUCCAUCCCCUUCCUUAUGUCGUUUGUUGACACCCAGACGAAAACUCAGAGCGAAUGUACGAGCAAAGACCUCAACUUGACAAACACAAGCACGGAGUACUGUGAGGUUGUGGUUGGAUGCUCUUUCGUCCUCGAGAAUUCGACGUGUGUGUACUAUGCUGAUGCUCAGAACGCUCCCUUCUUCAUCUGGACUACAGCUGUGGACUUCUUCUUCUUCACAGAUUUACUCUUGAACUUCCGCACUGCCUACUAUGAAAAGGACGGAAGCAUGUCAAAUCAAAAACUGGUUGUGAAUGGUAACAAGAUUGCAAAGCACUACUUGCAAACGUGGUUUUGGGUAGACUUUGGUGGAUCUUUGCCCAUCGACUUCAUCAUGAGGUACGCGCAGCAGGCUUCCAAGAACAGCCAGUACGUUUUCUUGCCGAAACUAUUCCGUUUUCUCAAGAUAGUGAGACUGUUGAAGCUGCUACGAGCAGCGCGCAUCGGGAAGAUCAUCAAGAAUCUGCAGGAAAGGGCUCACAUCAAGCCGAGUGCGAUUCAGAUCCUUCAGCUCGCGUUCAUCUUCUUGAUGGUGGCUCACGUUAUGGCGUGUACGCUCUUUGCUCUUGGGACACAGUACAGUGACUUCACCUGUAAGGGACAAGCCGGAUCGAUCUGCUCAGCAAGUGAUGUGAAGAACAAUGUGGGCAAAUCAUGGACCACAACUACAUCCAUCAUCUCAAAGUCCAACGGUGAAACCACCGUGGCCUUAGCUCCUUUGAGCACACAGUACAUGAUGUCAAUCUACUGGGCCAUCACCACUAUGACGACUGUCGGGUACGGAGACAUCAAACCGAUCACUGAGGUUGAGGUCCUCGCAGUGCUGUUCUCUAUGCUCAUUGGGGCGACAACAUUCUCUUACGUCGUUGGUAACAUGGCAACCUUACUCGUCAAGCUCGAUACUCGCGCUGGAGCGUUCAAAGAGAAAAUUGAAAAGACGACAAAGUUCAUGUAUGAAAAUCAAGUUCCCAAGUAUAUCAUGCAUAAGAUUGAGAAGUACUUCGAUUAUGCGUUCAACAAUCCGAUCUUGAACUUUGACUUUCCUGGACUGGAAGAUUUGUCUCCUUCUUUGCAGAAUGAACUCGUUAUGUAUCUGAGAAAAGACAUUCUGAGCUCAGUCCCGAUAUUCGAUUGUUUACAAGGCAAGCAGCAGCUACUGGCCAGUAUUCUCCAGCGACUGAUUCCCUUUCAGUACGGCCCCGGAGACUUUCUGUUCCACGUCGAAGACUUCAGCAAUGAAAUCUUCUUCAUCGUCGAUGGCGAAAUUGACAUCAUUGAGUCUGAGACGAGGGAGAUUGCUUCGACCUUCCGGCGAGGAAACUACCUUGGAGAGAACUGUUUGCUGCCAGGUCAAGAAAGGUUUCCUUUCUCAGCUCGUGCGCGCCGUUGGUCGGACAUCUUGAAAGUCUCUCACGAGGACUUGAAAACAGUCUUGUUUCACUUCCCGAACAUCCUUUCCGAAAUGCAGAUGGUGGCGCAGACAAGGUGGUCCAGGAUGAUUUGUGCUCUAGAGUUUCACAAGACGUUGAGCAAAGCGAGAUCGAGAGGAGCGGUGACGGGAGAGCAACUUCUUGACAUCUUCGCUCACUCAGACACUUUCACCGCUGAGGUAAUCUGCUCUUGA